AUGGCCGCUACCAAGGAGCACGAGCCCACCGUCGAGGACGUCGAGGACGACGACGUCUCCGACGACGAGGAGGACGACGACGACGAGGAAGAGGGAGAGGACGGCAAGCCCAAGCAGAGCCGCAGCGAGAAGAAGAGCCGCAAAGCGAUGCUGAAGCUCGGGAUGAAGCCUGUCCCCGGCGUCAUGCGCGUGACGAUCAAAAAGUCCAAGAACAUCCUGUUCGUCGUCUCGAAGCCGGACGUGUUCAAGUCCCCGAACAGCGACACGCACGUCAUCUUCGGCGAGGCGAAGAUCGAGGACCUCAGCGCGGCGUCCCAGGCUGCGGCCGCGGAGCAGUUCAAGAGCGCGGACAUGCCCUCUUUGGAGCCCGCGUCUGCGGCGACGAUCGAGGAGGAGGACGAAGGCGAGAUCGACGAGACGGGCGUGGAGCCCAAGGACAUCGAGCUCGUGAUGACCCAGGCUGGCGUGUCUCGCGGCAAGGCGGUCAACGCGCUCAAGUCGAACGACGGGGAUAUCGUUUCUGCGAUCAUGGAUCUGACCAUGUGA